CACUCCCAAUAUGGCGGGGGAAAGGAGCCGCCCCCGGUGCCCUCACACGGCAGAGGGCAGGAAAGCCGGCCUGUGUACACCUAGCGUGGUGCCAAACGAGGGCUGGUGCGCCGACUUCCCUCCCCCUUAGGGCGGACAGUGCGUGAGUGCGGGGUGUGCGGGUGUCAGUGCCGGGUGUGGGCUGCCCGUGUGGUGGUCUGCAGUCCGGCCGUGCUGACCGGAGCUGCGGGCAGCAAACAAGACGGUAUGGGAUAAGAUAUUUCCAGAUUAAUAAGCAUGGUUCAGCAACGGAAAUGUGCGUUAUGUCACAUUGUGUACAACUCAAAAAAGGAGAUGGAAGAGCACAUGAGAAGCAUGCUUCACCACAGAGAACUGGAAAACUUGAAGGGAAGGGAUAGCAGCCACGAAUGCCGGGUGUGCAGGGUGACACUGGUGGGUUUGUCAGCGUAUGCCAAGCACAUCUCCAGUCAGCUGCACAAAGACAAUGUUAAUGCUCAUGACAGAAAAGAGGAAGAGAAAGAAGAGGCAGAAGAAGAAUACCUUGACAAAGAAGUCAUUCAACUAAUCAAGCUAAAGAAGGAACGGAACCGGCAAACUGAACCAAGUUGUGCAAACCAAGAAUUAGAAUGUGAUGAUAGGCGAUCGCAGAGAAGGCGAGAAGAAAGAACUGCUUACAAAGAAAGAGAAGCUUAUGAUCAGUCAUCGUGGCAUCAUCAUAAUGCAUCACAAAGGGACUGGAAGUGGGAAAAGGAUGAUUAUAUUAGUCCUAGACAAGGCAAAUUUUCACACUCUCAGAGGAACCUUAAUGUGAACAGACAUUCAGGUGGUGCAAGGGGGCACUCUGGGUGGCACCAGAAUGUUUCAGGAAGCCCUUCAAAUCGACAUAACUAUGGGAAUUCUGGAAAUGCUUGGCAUCUAAGCGGGCGGGGAGGAGGAACAUCAAAUUGGCAUCAUGGUGCCAGGGAAAGAAAUUCUACUUGGCAUUCAGAAGAAACCGGUCAUUUUUCUGGCUGGAAUUCCAAGAAUUAUGGAGGAAACUGGAAACCAAAUCCUCGUGGUGCAAAUGGCUGGAAUUUUGGAAGCUCAGGAGAUUCAUAUUCAUCAGAGCCAAGUAAAUACAGUAAGGAAAGGUACGCAUGGCAGCGGCCAGAGAAAUGCGAUGUUCUGCCAUACAGAAAUCGAAGAAAUAGGAGUGACCUUCUUGAUUUUACUAGUGAUAAGCUCGCUUCUGAGGGGGCAUUGGAUUUUGGUACAUCGAUACAACCAGAAAGCAAAACUUCAAGAGCCAGUGGAAAAAGUGUCAGUCCUUCCAGAGAUAAAACGUAUCGCUGGACUCCCUACCCAUCCCAAAAAACUGCAGAGCAGCAACCACGGUCUGAAGAUAAUGUUUCUAAAACUUCAGAUAAAAUGGAUUCUGUACUUACGCCUCUUACUGAUCCAUCAAUGAAAGGAAAAACUUGUGAAGCUAAUGUUAGCCUUUCAAAACUUAAAGAACAUGAAGCAUCUUCCCUUUCUAAUGGAACCUCAGAUCACCUUGAUUCUUGCAAGGUAAUGAAAGACUGUUCCAGUGGUGAAAAGCUUGACAAAGAUGAUAGCAGAAGUAAUAGAAUGCCAUCACUGAAAUCCCCUCUUCUGAAUAUCACAGAUAUGAAGUUAUCCUUGACAAAGCAAGACACAAACAGUCUCUUAAAAAAUGUCAGGCUUCUGUUAUCCUCAACAAGUGGUGAAGAGCAGAAUCAUUUGAAUGCAGUGAACUUGGAAACAAACAAUUUCUCUUCUUAUUCGUCAAAGCUGCAUGGUGCUUGUGUUGGUAACUUACAGGACAACAAAGAUGUGCUGGGUAGCAAUCGUGGAGAGCCCAUUGAUAACUUAAGUGAAGCAGAACAAAAUCCCAAAGAUGUUCAGUCCAACCAUUCCUUGCAAAAUACUCCCUUAAGCUCUUGCAAAGAUACAAGUGACCAGAAUAGGGAAGAAACUGGGAAAGCAUUACCAAAGAAGGAGUUCAGACCAGAUUCAUUAGAAGAUAUGAGCGGUGAUGAUUUAAUGGGAAGUGAGAAGUCAGAAGCAAGAGUUGAAAAGUUGGAUUCUUCUGUUAGCUCUUGUUUACCCUAUGACACUCCUGAAGGUAGAACUGCCACAUCUGAAAAGGAAGAUGAUGAAAAGCCAUCUGCUUCAAGUAUUUCUUCCGCUGAGCUAAAAAAUUUUACAUUUCGGAUAGAACCCACAGUUUCUUCAUCAAGCAGUCAGGACCGUUUGCAUGCGGAUUUGAAAACCUCACAGGAUGGGGAAGGGAAUGAAGAGUGUGUCAAGUCACAUGAUCAAUUUGAAAUGGAAGGUUUUGAAAAUCCUUCAGAUAAUGAUCUUCAGAAAGGAGGAAGCCAGUCAGUAGGCCUCCUUCUUCCAGAUUUAAGCAAACUUGGCCUGCCUGCUUCUCUGCAAAGAGACCUGACACGGCAUAUCAGUCUGAAGAGCAAAGUCGGAACACAUCUCCCAGAGCCCAAUCUCAAUAACGCACGUCGUAUUCGGAAUGUUGGUGGCCAUCGGAGAAGCGAGACAGAGAAGGAGUCGGGGCUUAAACCUACCCUCAGGCAGAUUCUUAGUGCUUCCCGGCGAAAUGUAAACUGGGAUCAGGUCAUCCAGCAGGUAACCAAGAAGAAACAGGAACUUGGCAAAGGUUUACCAAGGUUUGGCAUAGAAAUGGUGCCUCUUGUUCAAAAUGAACAAGAGGGUCUAGAACUCAGUGAAGAAUCUGAUCUGUCUACUCUAGAAGGAUUCCAGUGGGAAGGGAUUUCCUUAGCAGUGUCUGGCUCAGCCAGAAAACGUAGCUUUUCUGAAAGCAGUGUCAUAGCAGACAGAAAUCCUUCUGCUUAUAGCUUUUUCAGUGAACAAACCAAAAUAAAAGAAAGUGGGCAAAGGCAACUAAUUGCAGCCAGCCACUCACAUCACAUAACAUCUGGAUAUGAGGCAAGCACUGAUGCUGAGGCCGAUCAGAAAGAGGAGACACCAUCUCUUGCUUUGUCACCUUUUAUGUCUGAAAGAACUGAGGCUAGCGGAAGAAGUCACAGCCUACAGGCCACCUCUGAGAUCACAGGCCUCACAAAACAAGACCAGGAGAGCCCAGAGAAGAGAACACCUCUUCUUGAAAAACAAAAUGUACUAGAGAUCUCAGAAGAAAAUUGUCCGGCUUCAAAUAGUGCUUCACUUCUUGCAGUGUCUAAUAACAUAGAUGCAGCUACAGACAGUAGCUGCACAUCUGGUACUGAACAGAAUGACAGCCAAGGAAUUGGAAAGAAGCGAAGAGCAACUGGAGAGGGAUCUUCUCCUGAAAUCCCUAGUCUAGAAAGAAAGAAUAAGAGAAGAAAAAUCAAAGGUAAAAAAGAACGUUCUCAGGUGGACCAGUUGUUGGCUAUUUCUCUGAAGGAGGAAGAAUUAAGCAGGUCCCUGCAGAGUGUGGACAGCAACCUCUUGCAGGCGAGGGCUGCCCUGCAGGCUGCCUAUGUUGAGGUUCAACGGUUCCUUGUGUUAAAGCAACAGCCACAAUCUGUUUUGCAGAUAACCAUGGAAAUGAGUACACUGAGAAGUCAGAGAAUCCAGAUUUUGCAGGGGCUACAAGAAACAUAUGAACCUUCUGAACUCUCAGAGCAACUUUCCUGCGAUGUCCUAACUGAGAGACGAAACAACAAAUCCCAAAUGGCAGCUGACUUAAUUCCUUCAGGCUCUCUCCUGCCCCUGUUGGACACUUUGUCUUCCUCUGUACUUCCACGAGGAGCUUCUGUUCCCAUAAAUAUGCCAUCACCAUUCCAGUCUUCUGGCAAUGCACCUUCCGAUACUCCUGACUCCUCAGUACAAGUUAAACAAGAACCUGUGUCUCCAAAAGGCACAGAACAAAAUGUGAAUUCCGUACUCCAGAGCUCUCCAUGUGCUCCACAAACAGAAGAGGUGGAGCAGAAUGAUGAAGAGACCAACCAGGAAACUUCAGUGUAUCCAGUUAUCACGGCAGCCAUAUCCCUAUCAGAGCUGACAGCUUGUUUCCAACACACUAAUCAAGAUGUCCCCAAGCCUGCUGCAGACAAGGGACAGUCUGGACUUCUUGAGAACACUUCACCUCAUUCAAUGUCUGUUUUCAGCAAGAGAGAAGCAAAUGAUACAGUUGCUGAAAGAUUUUUACUGGGUCAGUGUAGCACUUCUCUUUCAAAGCAUUCAGUCCUUCUAGAAAUGCCAAUGGAUAAAACCCCCAAAUUGUCAGCAGAACCAUCUGAGCAGCACUUGGCAACUGCUGCAGUCCCAGCAGAGAAGGGGAAUAGAAGGAGGAGAAGGUUAAGGAAGAAGAAGACUCUGAGGGCAGCCCAUGUGCCAGACAACAGCGAUACAGAGCAGGAUAUGAUUGACUGCAAGCCUGUCCGGAAAGUCAAGGGUGGAAAGGUUCCUAAAGGAGAAAAAGUUACUACAUCUACUCCUCCAAGAGAGGAGGGUGGAGUUCCUGCUCAUGCAGCACGAAACAAAGACGAGAAUGAUAGUGAUGCUUCUCUGGAAUUAGUGGAAGUUUCAGCGCCUCAGUGCGAGGUGGUUCAUGUUGGUUCAUCAGAGUCAGGAGAUGAGAAACCAGACAGUCCAUCAAAGAGGGAUUCAUGCAACUCUGUGGAUCAAGCAGUCCUAGAGGCAUCUUGCUCUGGUUAUGAUGAAGUGAGCUCCACCAGUGAGAUUGGCACAAAUUAUAGGAAUGAUGGGAAAAGAAGUGUGGCUGAGACACAGACUUCCAUAUCAUCCUUAAGAGGAUCAAAGAACUCCUCAGAAGUGUCUUCGGAGCCAGGUGAGGAUGAAGAACCUACAGAGGGAACCUUUGAGGGACACUUGGCUGCAGUGAAUGCUAUUCAAAUUUUUGGGAAUUUGUUGUAUACCUGCUCAGCAGACAAAACAGUUUGUGCCUACAAUCUUGUUAGCAGGAAGUGUGUGGCCAUCUUCGAAGGCCAUACUUCAAAAGUGAACUGCCUUCUGGUCACUCAGACGAAUGGGAAGAAUGCUGCACUCUACACUGGCUCAAGUGACCACACUAUCAACUGUUACAAUAUCCAGACCAAAGAGCUCAUGGAACAGUUUAAAUUGGAAGAUCGAGUGCUCUGUUUACACAGUAGAUGGCGGAUCCUUUAUGCAGGUCUUUCAAAUGGCACUGUGGUUACUUUCAGCAUAAAGAAUAAUAAACAGCUUGAUACCUUUGAAUGCCAUGGCCCUAGAGCAGUGAGCUGUUUAGCCACAGCUCAGGAAGGAGCACGUAAGUUGUUGGUGGUGGGCUCCUAUGACUGCACCAUCAGCGUGCGAGAUGCGCGGAACGGGCUGCUUCUCAGAACCCUGGAAGGUCACAGCAAGACUAUUCUCUGCAUGAAGGUUGUGAAUGAUCUGGUAUUCAGUGGCUCCAGCGAUCAGUCUGUCCAUGCCCACAAUAUUCACACUGGAGAGCUGGUACGGAUCUAUAAGGGCCACAACCAUGCAGUAACGGUUGUGAACAUUCUUGGGAAAGUCAUGGUGACAGCAUGUCUGGAUAAAUUUGUUCGUGUUUAUGAACUACAGUCACACGACCGCUUGCAAGUCUAUGGAGGCCACACAGAUAUGAUCAUGUGUAUGACCAUCCAUAAGAGCAUGAUCUACACAGGAUGCUAUGAUGGCAGUGUCAGAGCUGUGAGGCUUAAUCUGAUGCAAAAUUAUCGAUGCUGGUGGCAUGGAUGUUCACUGAUUUUUGGAGUUGUGGACCAUCUGAAACAACACCUGCUAACUGAUCACACCAAUCCAAAUUUUCAGACCCUGAAAUGUCGUUGGAAGAACUGUGAUGCUUUCUUUACUUCCAGGAAAGGUUCCAAGCAGGAUGCUGUAGGACACAUUGAAAGACAUGCUGAGGAUGACAGCAGGAUUGACUCAUGAACCUUUUCACCUCCCACAUUGGGAAGUAAUUUUGUAUGUCAUAAUUAUUCCAAAUAACAUCAGUUUCUUACUCCAGUCUUUCCUCUUUCUUUUCCCACUUGGAAUGCAAAAACUGAGUGGGGCUGAAAUGCAUUGCUGCGGAGACUGCAGGUUGUGUUGCACUCUGUAGAAAUAAGACUGGUAAUUAAGACUUAGCCCAAGUUCUUGCAGGUUUUUAAUUCAUUGAUGGACAAGAAUAUUCCUUCCUCUUGUCUGCCUUGUUUAUUUGUUGUUUGUUUUUUUCAGGUGAUUUUAUUUGUUUUUUUAAAAAGCAUAGUCUUUGGGAACUCCAAAGGGGUGUUGAAAACUUAGAUUACAAUAGGUGCUGCUGUUUGCAAACUCAGAUUGAAGCCUGUUAUGUGUCUAAGACAUGUCUGGUUCUGUUGUAUCCAGUUUUUUAGCUGAUUUUAAUAAAAUUCUGCAAACCAGAAUAUCACAAAUUCUAACAAUGUAACCUGAAUAUCCAGUGUACAUUUUUACUUUCUUCAUAAAAAGAAGAGUUAUUUUAUGGAGACUGGAAUAAAUUAAUUUUUUAAUGUUAAUUGUAACUUAUUUUUUAUUCCUUGUGUAAAAAUUGCUAUAACUGGCACAAUAUAUACAGUGGUAGAUACCAUACCUUGUGAGGUAUUUUGUUUAUUUUGAGGAAAGCGGUUAUUUCUUGAGAGAGAUGCCAGUAGCAGCAAAACAGCCAGAACAGUGGCUCUACUCACAUGCUUUGCAAUCUUCGUCUUUUUCAAUAUAGGUCCUUAUGUAUGGGAAAGAAGUAAGUGGUAUCUGUUUUUCUUUUAGUUAAAGACCAGCAUAACCACCACUGCUAUCUUGAUAAAACACCAUAAUUGGAUUGCUGAUUUUAUAUGGAGUCUUAGUGAGCUUUGCAGCGCCAUAUCCUCAUGGCAGAGCAAACCAAGAGAAAUGCAAAGGCACUGUGUGUUUUGUGCAUCCACUUUGGUAGUGUUUUGUUUCUGUUGUGAACUGACUUAAUUGGCUUGGGCUACAUCAAGUUCACAAAAACUCAACUGGAAAGAAUGGAGCAGGAUUUCAAAGUCUAAUGUUCUCAAGCAGAAGCUGAGGAUAUGAAAUGCGUAUCACAUGUAAAAGUCUUGUUUCUACUAAUGCACAGCAAGUACCACAGAGAGGCCAGUGCAAAAGGGAAGACUGUUUCAAGUUGUCAGGAUUCCCCUGCGGGUGUCCCUUGAGGGGAAUCAGUUCACCUUGUGAAGUUCAGUGAAAUGCACUUCUGGCACCUGCCAUCCUCUCUCCCCUAAUAACACUAAUUUAGCAAAGAACCCUCUUAACACUGAGACUAAUCUAGCAAGGAGCUUUGUGUUCACUUUUGCCUAACUUGCUGCUCAGGAUAAAAUAAGCAGAGGUUUUCCUAAGCUGUAAGAGAAGGUGAAGACAGCAAACCGAGCUGCUUCUACACAAAUCCAGCGCUUUCCCAAGAAAACUGAGUGGACUACUGCUUUUACUGGGUAUCUUUUUUACAAGUUCACACUUGUCAGCCAUAGACCAAAUAAGUUUUAUAGCCUCUUUCUUUGACUAUAAAGAAGCCUUUUUAGGCCAAGAAAGUGAAUGAUUGAGGAAAGCCCAUGGAUGUUCUACUGCCAUCAAAUAAAGAAGCUUCAGGGCCUUCUCUGGAGCACACUGGUUUUGUAUUACCUUAGCAGACAAGCAGAAUUGCUCUGACACUGAUGAGUAUUUUUUGUGAGACAGGAGUAAAAUAUGAAUGAGAUGCAGUAGCAUCCUACUUCAAAGACAUGGGAAUCUCUGAGGUUCCAGUGCUUUUGUGGUGAUUGGUUUUGUUUGUUUACUUUUUAUUAAGAUGUUUGUGGAUAGCAAAAAGCCCCAGUAUGUGGCUCAGACCUCAGGCUGUUCUGAGGGUGUUUUUGUUUUGGUUUUUGGGGGAUGUACGGUUGUGGUUUUGGUGUUUGGGGUUUUUUUUAUCUUUCUUUCUGUGGUCUGUGGAUGAAGCAAUUCAAUAGAGAAUCAAGUCAGGGGAAGUCUUUAAAUGGUUUAGAUGUUUUAUGAUGGAGGGUGUAAUGCUCUAAAGUCUGAGAGCAUUUGUUUGGAUUUUUUCAUGACCUAAAAGCAGCAGACUGUGUAAUACUUAAACCAUUUCCAAAAGUUUUGAUAUUCAGGAGUUCUUCUGGGAGUUCUUUGAACCACAGUGAGGGAGCAUGUAAGUGUGGCAUAAACAGUGUGGGCGUCCUAAGCUGUCCUUCAUGGACUGUGCUGCGGUGAAGGUGUGGAGGUGUGUCCCAAGGACAAGCCAGUGGGGCAAUAGCGGCAUUCUGAAAAAUGUGUGAGAGAGUAGAUUUUGUUACUUCUCCCUUGUGAGUCUUUACAUUCUUUCAGCUGUUUUCCAGAACAUAUAUAAAGAUCUUUCUCACUAGAUGUUGCCACAAACAGUUAUUACACUUUAUUUGCAUUCCCAUUUGCUUGUUAGGUUUAUCUUUUUUAGUUGGUGGAAGCAGUCUUUCUUUUUGUGUGGUCUAUGAUAUUUCCUUAUCUGUCUUGAAAACAAUCCUUCUGAAAAGUCUGGGCUUCUGAAGUCCAGCUUUAUCAGUGGUGUCUUUUGCUACUUUGUAGGUCAUUUCAGAUCUAUUUUAAGAAUCCUAAAAUGGGUAAGAGGUGGGAAGAUAGCAGAGCUGCAUGAGUGAAAAAUUUUGCUUCAUAAAUUAGAAACAAUUUUAAAAAAUCCUCAGGGGUUCAGAGGAAAAUGCUGUACUGCUUUGUCAUGAGGAUAUUUUAAAAGGAUUUGCUAUGAAGUUGUGCAGCUGUGGAAAUCCCCAGGCUUCUCUGGAGUUAUGUGGGGAGGUUUCAUAUUUGUCCAGCUAGAAUUUGGUGCAGAUUUCACAAUCGACCAUUUACUUCUUCUGGAGGCAAUUGCAGAAGAGAGAUGCCAAACUAAUGUUUGUUUGUUGGUAUUGAUUAAUGAGAUCCUCUCUGGUCUUGCAACACAGGGUUUUGGCUCCUGAUAUACCUCUAGUUGAAGAAUGUAAUAACUUUGGGAAGGUGGGCUGCUUGUGACACUUAACACAGUAAUAUUUGCAUGAAAAGCAGUACUGCACAUCUGAAGCCAGUUUCAGGACUAUUUAUUUUUGGUUUUGGUUUGUUUUUUAUGCAAGUAAAAAGUUGUGGGUGGAAGAGUGAGUAGAGUGAGGAUUUAUUUUACGGUUAGCUGUGGAUUUUUUAUUAGUCAAAUGUUAAAAAAUGAGUUCUGGACUUGCUAUAUGGAUGACUACAUGUGGCAGGCCCUUUAGGGGCUUUUUGGGAUUGGUCUAUAUUAGUUUCUCCUUUCUCCUUCAAAUUUCAGGGGAAAGUAACAGCUAUCUGGCAGUGCAAAACACUCUGGCAUAACGCUGCUGCUUCUGUAUGUGGAAGGGGAUGGAGGGAAAACUGCUGCAUCCCUUGGUACAGAGAUGCAUUAAAUAUCCAGGCUUCUGCUUACCUUGUGUCACUUACAUGUGAAUUACAGACUUUAAACAUAUACCAGCACAUAAGUUGGCUUCUGCAAAAUAGCAGGAGCUUGGCUGUGUGGUGUGUUUGAAGUAGUGCAGUUCUUAAUGCACAUUUUCAAACAGAACAAUCAUGCUGGAUCAAGGUAAAUGAUAACUGCAAACUUGCAAUAAAGGGCAGGGGAAAUGUUUUUGUUGGGAAAAUAUUUUUCCCUUAAGUUGAAUUAAAACACAGUUACAGGUUAAUCUUGGUUUUCAGUCUUGUAUGGUACUAUAAUUCAAGCAGUCUAAGUUGUCCAGAGUUGCAGAAUAUGUGAGGAAGGAUAAGGAAACAGUUUCAGCUACUGUUUGUAAAAUAAUUAGUCCUCAAAGAGCAAACUGUGUAGGUAUAUAUUCUGUUAAAUGCGCCUGCCAGCUUCUCGGAUUUCAUUUUGCUGUAAUGUUAAACAGUCUUUUUGAAGAAUGGAAGUGGAAUAAAACAACUUGAUUGAAUAUUUAGUAAUUUAAGCUGUGUAGAACAUGUGCACAGAUUGAUCAUGGUUUUCUUCUCUUACUUUGGUACAAAGCUGUGACUGUAAUAAUGAAACUUUACAUGGCAAAAGAAGAAAUGAAAAAAAAUAAAGUUCUUUAUAUUGUU